GGGUGGUCUGCAAGUGCAGUGGUCAUGACGUGAAUAAUGCGUUAUGAGAGGGGUGUUUGCUGUUUUCGAAUGUACCGGAGAAUUUGUACAUAAGUUGUGUGAACUGACAAUUUCUUUUGUGAAAGCGGAGGAGACUUCCGGGCCAGAAGUUUCCUUUUGUGUGGCGUUUAUGGCACUAUGAACCUGGACUCGUUGUCUUUUGCUCUCAUCCACAUAAAUAAUCUGGUGGGUAAUCUCACAAAGAAAAACUUCAAGGCAUCUUGUCAAGAAAUAACGCAGGUGGUGGGUGCGUACGGACAGGAAGCCCAGACCCACUUGCUGCGCCGCCUGUGUUCGCACGUGCCGCUGGACGGUGCCGGCCGCGCCUCCGCCAAGGAGAAUCCGCAGCUGCAGCUGCUGCAGCGCCAGUGUGCCGGCCUCGUCACCCGGCCCAACUUCGUCCACGUGCUGUGUCAGCUGGCCGACCACCCUGCUGUGCGCCAGAAGAACCCGUCUGACACGCUUCUGCAGGAGCUCUGCCGGGCGCUGAAGCUCGGGAAGCCGGAGGAGGUCGCGUUCUCCAUCGCGCUCCUUCACUCCCGGAACUCGGACACCGUCCGGCACGCCGAGCAGUUUAUCCAGCAGAAGCUUCCUGAUCUCAUCAAGGACUACAUUGACUCAGCUGACUCGACUGGCGCGUCGGACCAGGACGGUCUGCAGGAGUCGUCGCCGGAGGUGCUGCAUCAACUUAUCUCCUGGCUCCUAUUCGCGCCGCCCGAUCAGCUCGAUAAGGCGGCGGACUCGCAGGAGAGCUUUCUGGAGGCGAUCCGGCAAGACUUCCCGCGUGACCGCGUGCCUGUCGUGCUCGCGCCGCUCAUCUUCGCCGAGAGUACCGACAUUCCUGUCGACAAGAUCCGCAGCCCGGGCAACAUGGCCUCCAACCUGCUGGACGGCUCGCUGGCCGACUUCGUGCUGGAGGUGGGCUACAACCUGUGCGCGUCGGUGGAGGAGUGCCGCCGCCACCUGGUGAACCACGGCGCCUCGGCGCUGACGGCGCCGGCGGUGGCGCGCUGCCUGGGCGCCAUGGUGCGCACCUACACCGGCCUGGCCGACCAGGUGCCCAUCCAGAGCCUGCAGCCGGCCGCCUCCAUCUGGGCGGCCGACAAGCCCAAGGACGGCCCGCAGACGUGGAACAUCGACGUGUUCGUACGCACCGUCUACGAGCUGGCGCCGUCGAUCCAGUGGAAGGAGGUGGUGUACCACCUGGACCACCCGGGCUUCCAGCUGAAGGACCGCACCGCCUUCUGCCUGCUGACCCAGGCGCUGAGGCUCGGUCUCCAGCUGCAGGGGGUUCGCGCCGACGCCUUCCCUGUGGAGGUGCUCUACCGGGUCUGGAAGAACGCGGACAGCCAGCUGUCGUAUAUCAAGCAGAUCCUCAAGUGCUGGGACGUGUUCUGUCUGGCCGACUACCAGUGCCACAUGGUGGACACGUCGCAGCUGAAGAUGCCGCCGGAGAAAGAGAGCCGCGAGGUCAACACGUGGCGGUGCACGGAGCUGAUGCAGCUGUUGCUGCACCUGGCCGAGAGUGGGCACUCGUGCGCCGUCCAGGAGCUGCUCAACUUCCCGCUGCAGAGCUGUCCCGACAUCCUGUCGCUGAACCUGCUGGCCACCGGCAGCACGUCUCACCUCGCCCAGGAGCUGCUCUCCACGCUGUUCCCCAUCUUCCUCACCGGCCACCACCCCAACAGCGGGGCGGUGCUGCACCAGGCCUGGCAUUCUCCGCAGAACGGCCCCGCCGUGCAGGCCAUGCUCGCGCACACCAUGGCAGAGUGGUACCGCCAGGGCGAGGGCGACCAGGCGCGCCUCUCGCGCGUCCUCGACGUGGCCCAGGACCUCAAGGCCCUGUCGUACCUGCUGAACCACCAGGCGCUGCCGUUCGUCAUCGAUCUGGCUUGCCUCGCCUCCCGCCGCGAGUACCUCAAGCUGGACAAGUGGGUGUCGGACAAGGCCAUGGAGCACGGCGAGCCGUUCAUCACCGCCUGCGUCAAGUUCCUGCAGCGUCGCGUGCCGCAGCUGUCAGCCGGCGCCGCCAAGGACUCCGAUCCGCCGGCGAAGGCGACGCUGCCGGCCGACAUGGCGGUGACGAUGCUGAGCGUGCUGCACCAGCGGGCGGCGGGCGUGGGUCCGGAGCUCAGCGACGCGCUGCUGGCCAUGGUGGGCGCCGCCGGACAGCUGCUGCUGGGACGGCAGCGCCAGCCGCCGCCGCCGCCGUCGCCUUUCAGCCCCUCGCCGCUCUCCGCACAGCUGUUCCCGGCGCCGGGCCUGGAGGGCGUGACCGGCGGCCUGAGCGCGCUCUCGGCGGCUGGCUCGGCCCCCAGUCCCGGCCUCGGCCUCACCUCGCCCUUCACGCUGCUCGGCUACAUCUCGGACGCCGGCGCCGCGGGCCGCAGCGGGCCGCUGCAGCUGCUCAGCGCCGGCUCCGGGCCGCUGGCCGCCUCCCAGGCGCCGGGGCCGUUCGGCUCGGCCCACGCCCUGCCGGCCCGCACCUCACAGUCCGCGGAGCUGAGCCUCUUCCAGUCGGAGGCGGCCGCGCUCUCCAAGGAGGUGGAGGAGGAGGCCAACAGCAACUUCCAGCGCAUCUACAACCACCCGCCGCACCCGACGCUCUCCAUCGAGGAGGUGCUCGACAUGCUCAAGCGGUACCAGGACAGCAGCGUCCAGCGCGAGCGGGAGGUGUUCACGUGCAUGCUGCGCAGCCUGAUGGAUGAGUACAAGUUUUUCCCGCAAUACCCGGACAAGGAGCUGUACGUGACGGCCCAGCUGUUCGGCGGCAUCAUAGAGCACAGCCUAGUCACGAACUACAACGGCCUUGGGCUGGCACUGCGCUACGUGCUGGACGCCGUCAAGAACCAGCCGGGCUCCAAGAUGUACUACUUCGGCGUGCUGGCGCUGGACCGGUUCCGGCCCCGCCUGCGCGAGUACCCGCAGUACUGCCAGCAUCUGGCCACCAUCCAGCACUUCAGCCAGUUCCCCAGACACUUGAUGGAGUACGUGGAGUGCGGGAUGCGCUCCCAGGAGCCGGCCGGUCGGCCCGAGGGCUCUGUGUUGCCGGCUCACCUGCAGUCGCUGCUGGCGACGCCGGCGGCGCCGGCCGGCAGCGCCGCCUCCUCGGCCGGCGCCCGGCCCACGGUGCUCACUGCCGCGCUCGUCUCCGGCCGGCCGUCCAUAGCCAACACGACGAAUAUCGAGACGCUGGUGAAGGCGCUGCAGGAGGCGCCGCCGCCCUCCGAGGUCGUGCAGGACAAGGUCGGCUUCAUCUUUAACAACCUCAGCCAGCUCAACCUCAGCCAGAAGUGUGAGGACCUGCUGGCCGUGAUGGAGCGGGACUACUGGCCCUGGUUCGCGCAGUACGUGGUGAUGCGCCGCGUCAGCAUCGAGCCCAACUUCCACACGCUCUACGCCAACUUCAUGGACGCGCUGGAGCUGCCGCAGCUGUUGCAGCUCUGCUUGCGCGAGCUGUACAACAAUAUCCAGGUUCUGCUGCGAGCAGACAAGGGCGUGGAGAAGUUCAACGACCGGACGAUCUUGAAGAACCUGGGCCACUGGCUGGGCUUGAUGACCAUCGCCAAGAACAAGCCGAUCCUUCAGACGGACUUGGACAUGAAGUCGCUGGUCAUCGAGGCCUACCACCUGGGUGUCCAGGAGCUUCUGUACGUGGUGCCGUUCGUUGCCAAGGUUCUCGAGUCGUCCGCGAAGUCCAAGAUCUUCAAGCCGCCGAAUCCUUGGACACUGGGUCUGAUGAACCUGCUGGCGGAGCUGCACCAAGAGCAGGACCUCAAGCUCAACCUCAAGUUCGAGAUUGAGGUGCUCUGCAAGACACUUUCGCUGGACGUGAACGAGCUGACGCCCAGCCAGUGCCUCAACGACCCGCUGCGACAGCAGCGGCUGCCCGUGCAGCUGAAGCGGCCCAGCCUGACGGCGCCGCCAGCCCUGCCGCCGCCGCCGCCUCCGCCACCGCCGCCGCCUCCUCCGCCACCUCCGCCGCCGCCUCCGCCGCCGCCGGCCACGUCCGCGCCGCUGGCGCCGCCGGCCGGCGAGGCCGAGGAGGCGGCGGCGGCGGCGGUGACCGAGGUGGUGCUGCCGGCGACGGCGCCCCGCUUCUCGUUCGGGGACAUCAACACCAGCAGCAUCGCAGGCCUCGCUCCACACAUCACCAUCAACGUCACGCUGCCGCUGUUCCAGUCGAAUCCGCAGCUGAAGCAGAUCGUGAGGCCGGCCGUGGAGCGCACCGUCCAAGACUGGCUGCCGCGCGCCGUCGAACGUAACUGCAAGCUGGCGGUGAACACGGUGGAGCAGGUGGUGAAGAAGGACUUGGCGCUGGACCCGGACGAGCUGAAGAUGCGCGCGGCCGCUCACCAGAUGGUGCUCAGUCUGACGGCCGGACUGACCCUCAUCAACUGCCGCGACCACCUCGCCGUCUCCAUAGCCACCAACGUCAAGGCCGCCCUGCUCGGCACGGUCCGGACGGCCACCACGCCGCAGCAGCAGGAGUUCAUGGAGCAGACGGCCGGCCGGGUGGCGGCCGACAACGUGGAGCUGGCCUGCUGCUUCAUCCAGAAGACGGCCGUCGAGAAGGCCAUCCUGGAGGUGGACAAGCGGCUCAUGGCGGAGUACGACCUGCGCAAGAGGGCGCGCGAGGAAGGACGCCGCUACGUCGACCCACAUAUGGCCGUUUACCACGAGUCGCACAUGCCCGAGCCGCUGCGCCUGGCGGCGCUCACCGCCCGCCAGGCGGCCGUGUUCGAGGAGUUCGCGCGCUCCGUGCCCGGCUUCGCCGCCACGCCGGAGGUGGCGCCGCCCGCCUCCAGCGGUGUGGCACUGGGUCCACCACCGCUGCGCGCCUCUCAGCCGCCGCCGCCGCCGCCGCUGCCGCUGCCGUCCGCCGCCAGCGACGAGCUACCGGCCCUGCUGGAGAAGCUGUCGCUGGAGCUGCAGGCGGCCGUGCACAGCCUGCACCCGGCGGCGGCGGCCGCGCCCCAGGCGCAGGCGCUCGCCCGCCUUGCCAAGGACGUUUCGCUGAGCGCGGCGGCACGUGACCCCAACGCCCACGUCCACCUCGUCAAGAUGGCGGUGGACGGCCUGCUGGAGUACAUGUCGCAGCUGCCGGCUGACCCGGACCUGGCCGUGCGCUGUCGCGACGGCCACCUGAUGGUGCUGCGAGCGCUGCAGGAUCCGCGCGCGCACGGACCGCAUUGGGUUCAGAAGCACGUCACUAGCCUGGUGAUAGAGUGUCGGGAGGACCAGCGGCUGAACCUGGAGGCGGUGGACGCGCUCAUCCGCGCCCGGCUCGUCUCCACGCAGCAGCUCGAUGCCCACCUGGCGCACGCCAUGGAGGCCGGCAAUUACAGCCUGAUGGGCCUCAGUCUUCAGCUGCUUCAGGCGUUCCUGGUGGACGACCGCAGCAACGCAGUCACGGAGAACGACUUCAUGAACACGCUGGACGCGCUGGCGAAGCUGGCCCAGCAGCCCGGCUGUCCGGAGAACAUCCCGCUGUUGCUGGAGCAGGUGCGGGCCGGCGGCGCGGGCCGCGAGCCGCCGUUCCCGGCCGACCGCAGCCCGAGCGGCCCCACCGCCCACAUCCACAAGGGCAUCUCGCAGGCGCGCGAGUUCGACGACCCGCCCGACAUGCAGCAGAAGACCGAGUACCUGCUGAGGGAGUGGGUGCAGCUGUACCACAUGCCCAGCUCCGGCCGCGACUCCACCAAGGCGUUCACCAUCAUCGUGCACCAGAUGAACGUGCAGGGCAUCUUGAAGACUGACGACCUGAUCACGCGCUUCUUCCGGCUGUCGACCCAGAUGUGUGUGGACCUGAGCUACCGUGCGCUGACGGACUCUGCGGUGGGCUCGCCGGCCAUGGUGCGCUCCAAGUGCUUCCGCACGCUGGACGCGUUCGUGCGCCUGAUCGCGCUGCUGGUCAAGCACAGCGGCGAGUCGCCGCACGCCGUCUCAAAGAUCAACCUGCUCAACAAGGUGCUGGGCAUCGUGACGGGCGUGCUGCUGCAGGACCACGAGGUGCGCAAAACGGAAUUCCAGCAGCUGCCCUACCACCGCAUCUUCAUCAUGCUGCUGCUUGAGUUGAACGCGCCAGAGACAGUCCUGGAGGCUAUCAACUUCCAGGUGCUGACGGCCUUCUGUAACGUGCUGCAUAUCCUGCGGCCGGAGAAGGCGCCCGGCUUUGCGUACGCCUGGCUCGACAUCGUCUCUCACCGCGUGUUCAUCGGCCGCAUGCUGGCAGUCACGCCCCAGCACAAGGGCUGGGGCCCGUACGCGCAGCUGCUGAUCGACCUCUUCAACUUCCUGUCGCCGUUCCUGCGCAACGCUGAGCUGGCCAAGCCCGUCACCAUCCUGUACAAGGGCUGCCUGCGCGUGCUGCUGGUGCUGCUGCACGACUUCCCAGAAUUCCUGUGCGACUACCACUACAACUUCUGCGACGUCAUCCCGCCAAACUGCAUCCAGAUGCGCAACCUGGUGCUGUCGGCCUUCCCACGGAACAUGCCGCCGCCGGACCCGUUCACCAGCAAGCUGCAGGUGGACAUGAUCCCCGAGAUCCGCGAGGCGCCCAUGAUCCAGACCAACUUCGCCUCGCUCAUCCAGCCGCCCAGCUUCAAAAAUGAGCUGGACACGUACCUGAAGGCGCGCACGCCGGGUGACGUCGUCACGGACCUGCGCUCGACGCUGCAGACUGGCGCCCAGCCCGGCAGCCGGUACAACGUGCAGCUGAUCAACGCGCUGGUGCUGUACGUGGGCACGCAGGCGAUCGCCGCCAUCCAGAGCAAGGGGCUGCAGCCGAGCAAGCAAACAAUCGCGCACAGCUCGCACAUGGAUAUCUUCCAGAAUCUCGCCGAGGACGUGAACGUCGAUGGCCGGUACCUGUUCUUGAACGCCAUUGCCAACCAACUGCGGUACCCGAACAGUCACACCAACUACUUCCUCAACCUGCUGCUGUAUUUGUUCGCGGAGGCGAACACGGCGGCCAUCCAGGAACAGAUCACCAGGGUUCUGCUCGAGCGGCUGAUCGUCAACCGGCCGCACCCGUGGGGCCUGCUCAUCACCUUCAUCGAACUCAUCAAGAACCCAGCGUUCAAGUUCUGGAAGCACGAGUUCGUGCACUGCGCGCCCGAGAUCGAAAAGCUGUUUGACAGCGUGGCUCGCUCGUGCGUAGCGCUGGGUCAGAAGGGGUCGCACACUGCAGAGCUGUGA